AACCAUAUCUGAUCUAGCAACAACCGAGACGUACGAUUUCGCUUUUGGCGGGCAUUGAUUUCAUAGAGUUUAUAUAUGACUCAUAUAUUUUGUUUCACAAACGAUGGAAAACCAGUUUUGUCACAACAUGAGGGUGAGAAAAUGAUGACAGAUUUUUAGUUUUUUUGCUGAGUGAUCUUUUUAAUAGCGUCAGUUGUUCACUAGAGGUCGCCUUUGAACUAGAAAUAAAAAAAAAUCUAAAAGCGAGAAAAAAACCUCCCUUUUACCACGUCAUAUCCUGUUAGCUUAGCAUCUAGAUUGAUUAAAAAUGACCUCCGUUGGUUGAUGGCACGAAUAACCACGUAUAACUACUAAACUUGAGUGGAAUCACGUUAUUUAACCGUAACUGUUGCUGUGGGAGAAAUACUAUUAUGGCGGAGUUGUUUUCCUGUUGUUUUGGCUGCUGUGGAGACAAUAACAGUGGCCACGUAACACUGAAGGAAAUGCCCACGGUUCAACUGGACACUCAUCACAUGGGUACUGAUGUUGUCAUUGUAAAGAGCGGAAGACGCAUAUGUGGAACCGGAGGCUGUACUGCAAACGCCCCACUCCAUCAAAACAAAAGCUACUUUGAAUUCAAGAUUCAGUCUACAGGUGUCUGGGGAAUAGGAGUGGCAACUCAGAAAGCAAAUCUAAACCAGAUCCCUCUGGGUCGAGACCCGCACAGCCUUGUGCUCCGGCAAGAUGGCACCGUGUACCAUAACAACGAAGAAAAGAACCGAUUACCAGCUAACAGCUUGCCGCAGGAAGGGGACAUUGUGGGUGUUACAUAUGACCACGUGGAGCUGAAUUUGUACCUAAACGGGAAGAAUAUGAACUGUCCAGCAUCAGGCAUUAGAGGAACUGUUUAUCCUGUAGUUUAUGUGGACGAUAGUGCAAUAUUGGAUUGUCAGUUUGGUGACUUCUAUCAUCCUCCUCCACAAGGCUACCAGAAGAUUCUCUUCGAGCAACAGAUCUUUUAAAUUUCACAAUGUGCUGUUGUAUAUACUAAACAUACUCCACAGGAUUUGAAGUGCUGUGGGUAUGAUUGAUUCCUAACUGGCUCAGACUGCUCAAAGGAGUUGAGUCAAAACGACAGACGACCUUCUGCUUUUCAUGUGAACUUGUGCGAUUUCAUCAUCCUGCACACUUAUUUGUGCACUGAUCUCAAAGUUUAUUCGGCGCAUCCGUCUUUAUUUUGCACUGUGCUUUUACUUGUAUAUCAACAUUGUACUGUUGUGAUCAUCUGGGUUUCUGUUUUAAGGCUGGUUUGAAUAUGAAACGGGUCAUAAAUUACAGCUGACAAUCAUGACUGAAACUUUAUACAUUUCAAGUGAGGCUGACCUAAAAUGCUGAAACUGACUCAAAACACUGUAACACUGCAUCACUUUUUCUGUUUGAUAUAUGACCCACACACUCCAUAUUCAUUACAAUGAGUUUGAUUUGUUUUAUAUAUAUAACUGUAAGAGCAACAAAUAAUAACUUGACAUCUAGUUGAUGGAAAAGGGUCAGAAUGUAGAUUUUUUUCCUAUUAAUCAUCUGCUGAACUGCAUCCCAAUCAUCACAAAUACUGCAGAAGACCUUUUGGAUUUCGCAUGGAGCCAAGCUUCUCACGGAAAUCAGUCAACUUUGGUGAAGGAAAAAUCAUGGUUUGGGGUUACAUCCAGUAUGGGGGUGUGUGAGAGAUCUGCAGAGAGGAUGGCAACAUCAACAGCCUGAGGUAUCAAGACAUUUGUGCUGCCUAUUACAUUACAACCCACAGGAGAGGGCAAAUUCUUCAGCAGGAUAGCGCUCCUCAUACUUCAGCCUCCACAUCAAAGUUCCUGAAAGCAAAGAAGGGCAAGGUACUCCAGCAUUGGCCAGCACAGUCACCAGACAUGAACAUUAUUGAGCAUGUCUGGUGUAAGAUGGUGGAGGCGGCAUUGAAGAUCAACCGAAAGACUCUUGAUGAACUCUGGGAGUCCUGCAGGAACGCUUUCUUUGCCACUCCAGAUGACUUUAUUAAUAAGUGAUUUGAGUAAUUGCAGAGAUGUAUGGAUGCAGUCCUCCAAGCUCAUGGGAGUCAUACACAAUAUUAAUUCUUUUUCCACUGCACCAUGACUUUAUAUUCUAUAGUGUACAUUAUUUCUGUUAAUUGUCAAGACUUUUGUCUAAGCAAAGUCAGACUUUACUGUCCUAAUUAAAUAAUUAAAAAUCAAGGCAUGAUCAUAUUUUAUUUUGGUGAAAUAAGCGUAAUCUAGAGGCCUUUGCCUUUCAUAUAAGCCACUUCUGAUAGCAAAUGAUCAAGUACUUUAAGUCAAGUUAUUAUUUGUUGUUCCUAAAGCUUGGAAACUAUAUAUAUAAAUCCCACAGUCCUUCAUCAUGAGUUUCAUAUCAUGUUGCUUUUGAUAUACGUUGUCUUAUAUAAUUAUUCCAGUGUGUACACAGCGCUAAUAUAUAAAGUGUGACAUUUGAAAGAGGUUAAGGAAAAGUAAUAUUGUUACUCGGGGUUAAAUGAUAUCUAAUCAUUUAUUUAGAAAUGGUAAUUCAUUUCAAAGUUGUUUUUAAUGAAUGAAUGAAUGUUCAAUAUGGUGUUACUUUUUCUAAGUUCUUAUCUGACAUCUACGUGUUGAGUGUCUUUUAGCAAUAAAGAUUUUGCUUUUGUCA